AUGAAUUUGUACAACCAUUUGUAUUACAAUACCAAUGCUGAAAUAAAAUAUAACAAAGAGGAACUCACCCUUAAUGAGGAAGAUGAUGAUAAUUAUGCUGAAAUUGAUGUGUUGGCCACUAAUGAUUAUUAUUAUAUAACAAAUUUAAAUCAAUAUUAUGAGCAGCAACAGCAGCAACCGCCCUGUAAAGCAACAAACUCAUCUUCUCCCUAUAAAUUAAAUAAAUCACAGCCAUCGCAACAUCAUCAUCAAUCUUGCAAUCGUGUAGUUAAUAAAACUCCUCUAUAUGAUACAUCUUCAUCGUCGUCCUCUUCAUGGUCUGAUUUUACCAAUAAACAUAAUAAAUAUAAUUUAAAUAACAAUAACAACAGCAAUAUUAAAUAUCAAUCAACAAAUCGUAUUACUACAACAUUUAGCAAUAUAAAAUGUCAUCAUCAGUAUCAGCCUCAACAUCAUCAUUUAAAACAACAUCAUUACAAUAAUCAUCAUCAUGUGCCACAUCAAUCAAUAUUGGCAAAACCUUCAACAGCAAUUAAUUCAUUUAAAGGCCUGUCAGUGGCUGCCUCUUCUACUUCUUCUACGAGUGUUUUACGCAAUACCCAGAAACGUUGUCGCCGUAAGUUAUUUGCUUUUAAUUUUAUGUUGAAAAAUUUUAUAACAUAUCGCUUUAAAUACGAUAUACUUUAAGAAAAGAAGGCUUUAAUGUGCAAACUGUUAUGUAGAAGUAAUAUUUCCAAAUAAUUUGAUUUCAAUUUAAACACAAUGUAUCAAUCGCAUUUAUUUUAAAGAAAAAGAAAUCAAAAUUAUGGCAAAUUUUUAACACUUUCUUAAUGAUUGUUUUUUUCCGGUUUAAGAUUACUUCGUGCCCCUUCGCAUAAGCGAAGGAUGGAAGAUUUACUUGGCUGAUCCCAGGGAUAUAAAGCCACCAAUAAUUUCAAAAAACAGUUCUCAUAGUUUCCUGUCUAUCCGACCGAGGAAUUCAACUAAAGUAAUAUAAUUCUCUAUACCUCUUUCGCCAAAAAAUUGGGUGAUGCUAUUGUAUCGUUCAAGCAGAGGAAAGUCCGCCCUCUGGAUGUUGUAGAGAGUACAGUUGAAUAAGAUAUGCGAAUCGUCAUCUGUUUCGUUGCAGAUAUGACAUAGAUCGUCGUCAAUGACAUGCAUUUUCCGCAGAGAAUGUGGACUAAAGGAGUGACCCGAAAUUAUCCUGUUCAAUUGUUUGAUUUGUAUCGGGUUGAGUUUCAGGGAUUUAUCCGAGAACCAAGGUUUGGUGUUCAUGCCAGGGAAGAUUCUGUAGUAUUGUUG